AUGUUCCAGCUUUGGAAGCUUGUUCUCUUGUGCGGUCUGCUCACUGGGACCUCCACAGCCCUUCUUGGGAAUGUCGACCUUAAUCUGGAUGUCUUGGGCAAUGUGAAACCUGCAACUGACCUGGGUGUCUUAGACACUGUGCAAUCUGCUGCUGACCUGAGUGCUUUGAACACCGUGCAAUCUACUGGUGGCCUGAGUGCUUUGAACACCGUGAAAUCUAAUGGUGGCCAGGGUAUCUUGGGACUGUUGAAACCAUCUCUUAACCUGGGCCUCUUGGGCGGUUUGACAUCUACUCUUGGCAAAGUUAUUGGUGGCACAGUCAAUACUGUGGAAAAUACACUUCACGUUGAGAAGUUGCUGGACAAGACCCUUUCUAACUUGCUUCCAAGUGUCUCUGUGGGGUUGCAAAUCAUCGGCUCUAACAUCAAGGAUCUCAAAACUGACCUGACUGCUGAUGGCAAAGGCCUUUCCUUGAGGCUCCCCGUUGUCAUUGAUGCUGCCUUGAAUCUGCCUGGUGUUGCAGAUGUUGUCAAAGUGCAGAUCUCCUUGGAUAUCCUGUCUGAGGUCAGAAUCACAACUGAUCCCAAGACUGGUCUCCCAACUGUCACCACUGGGGCAUGCUCCAGCGACCCAGCCAGCUUCCAGGUCACCGUGCUAAACAGGGAAAUCUCACUUGUCAACAAUCUUGUUGAUCACCUCACCAAAACCAUGGACAAACUUAUGUCCACCAUGGUGCAGCAACUAGUAAGUCCUGGCUGGGGGUAA